UGUCUCUUCAUGAUCACCACAAAGCAAAAGUGUUGAACUCACAAAUACACAGAGAAGAGAGAAAUGGCUUGCAGGCAAUUAUGGGCUUCAAGGGCUGCUUCUUAUCUCAGGAUCUCAGUCUUCCACAGAGGCUUUUCCAAUGUUGUUAAAGAUCUGAAGUAUGCUGAUUCCCAUGAGUGGGUCAAGGUUGAUGGAAAUUCUGCAACCGUUGGCAUAACUGAUCAUGCCCAAGAUCAUUUGGGUGAUGUUGUGUAUGUUGAGUUGCCUGAAGUGGGAGCCACCGUGACACAAGGAGACAGUUUUGGUGCAGUUGAAAGAGUGAAGGCAACUAGUGAUAUUAACUCUCCUGUUUCAGGAAAAGUGGUCGAAGUUAAUGAAGAGCUUAGUAGCUCUCCUGCUUUGGUAAACUCAAGCCCUUAUAAAGAUGGAUGGAUAAUUAAGGUUGAACUGUCCGACAGUGGCGAACUAAACAAUUUGAUGGAUUCAGAAAAGUAUUCCAAAUUCUGUGAAGAAGAAGAUUCACAUUAAGAUCUUUCAGCACUCUUCCAUGGUGUUGUACAUCAUGUUCAUGUUUUAAUUGGGAAAGCUAAGAAGGGCUUGUUCCCUUUUCUACAUGUCAUGUCUUUAAUUUUCUAUUUUUAUUUUUCCUGAAAUUCAGAAUCAGUGAGAUGAUUUUUCACUCUUUGCAAUGGAAAUAUGAAUUUGAUAAUGUGGUAAA